AUUCUUCACCGGGCACAUGGCACGCGGUUUUCGCGGGCAUCAGUCGGACGUCGGGUUGGUGCUGCAGCAAUAGCACGAUCACGCACGCGCCGUCCGGUUUACAAUCGGUUUUUUGUGUUUUUUUUUAUUAUUAAUUUUUUACCGUCGUCGUUAUUCUCAUUCCGUUUCCCUUAUACGGCCGCGUUUAUAAUACUGUUUACGCGCGUCGCCAACGAUGAUCUAAAUCGUAAAUCAAAUUAGUAGUAGGUAUAAGGUUAUAUCCUGCAGUGCGUAUAUUUUUCGUAGUUCGUUUCCGACGUGCCACGCCGGAACUUCGUGUCGAAUUCAUCAUCCCUGUGUCUAUAGUGAUAUAUCUAAGCUAUAUUGUACUGUUGUGUAUCGCUGUUAAUAAUCAUUCGUGUGACUUUGCCGCAACAAUGACCGAAAAGCCUAGGGUUGUGUCCGCGUGCAUGAAGCGAAUCAUCCGGACCAACGGACGAGCGCAACAGAGACCUCUGAUAUCAGGCUUAGUGGCGGCCACUUUGGGAGACGAUUCGGCCUGUGCCGCUGCUGGCAACGAAACGUUCAGCGGCCGCAGCGUGGCCGAAGUGCGAGCCGGACACCUGUUAGUCCGGUGGGACGGGCCGGCCGGGUACUGUUGGAAGCUACUCCUCCGAUACCUGAACCUCACGGCCACCGAGCACGCCACCUACGGGUUCAGUCUCGUACGGCCCGGGAGCAUAUCGCCCAUCGUCACCGUAGUGGUGGACACAGAAACAGACUUCCAUCACUGGACAACAACCAUUGCGGGACAACUCCUGAGCCAAACACCAUUGGAUGACGUUAAGUAUCUUGAUAUACUGGGCAUUGUCACUGACCAUGCACCGUUUCGACGAUACUCGUCAACAGAUUCAUUAAUGACAUCUGCAUCCAAACACAAAAAAACCAGCUUGGAUAUGCAAGAAGUCAACAACAACCAUAUGCCUUUAUUUAGUUCACGUAUGUACAAGAAGAAUGUUUCACACUUGCCAGACUUGAUUCGAGAAUGUGAACAAUUGCGUAGAUCGCCCGUCAACGAGUUCUCAGACCUAAUACCAGUUAAACAGAAACGCAAAAUAUUCGAAGAAUCACUCACUUGCUCUUCAAAAAGUGUGGACAAUUUGCACAAUCUUUCAUCUCACAUAACAAAUAUUAAGUCUAGGUCAAUGAACAAUUUGGAUUUGAGAUCCGUGCCAGUGAAAGACAUUUGCAGAUAUUUCGAAAGCAGAUUCAACACUAAUGAAGCCAAUACCAUACAAUUCAGAUCACUCUAUUGACUGAAAUCUAGUUAACAAAAGUGAAUUAUGGGUGUUGCAAUGUUUAUUAG